AUGAGUGAUACACUCUCUCCUCGAUCCUCGAGCUAUUCAUCAACGGCCUCCUCGCACUGUCAUCAUCAUCAUCAUGAACCACAAGAACAACCAAACACUGAGGACGCUCACAAUGAAAGCUUCCAUCAACCACCCACAACAACAACCUCAACAGGAAGACCAGCACAUCAUUCCAUUCAACUACAACACUUAACUGUACAAUUACAAGAACCACAUCCAAACGUUCGAGUUUCCAUGUCGAACUUACAACUCUCGAAUACAAGUAAAAAUCCAAUUCCUGAAGGAAGAUAUACGGCAACUGCCAAAAAUCCAACCUCGGAGCCAACAUCCAAGAAAUCCAUGAAAUUUCCUCUCUUUUAUAGAGGUGUUAGAAGACAAAUCUUUGUGGUCAAUACAUGUUGUGGUUUGGUAGAAUUGAACUGUUUGAAACUGUCAUGCUUGAUUGGUAUGAUUCUGACAGUUGUGGGUUUAGUGGUUUUGGCUGGUUUUUCAAUUUCAACCUUUGUCGUGGCCUCACAACGAAAUUCUGAAACCCUCAUCGCUGUUGGUCAAGUAUAUAGUUAUUUCGAACAGGCAAACACAUUAAUUUUGAGAACCAUCUAUCAAACAGCUCUAGAGUCUAAUUUAAGUAAUGAUGCUGGAACUAAUUACAAAUAUUCAGAUAUCAUGAAAGAAUACAUGUCUAUAUCGAAACAACUUUUGGAUUUGAUGGAAGCCAUUGUCAAGUCUCUUGGAGGUAAAGACAUGGAGAUCAAAUUCAAGUAUACUCAAAAUGCAGCCAAUGCAUGGGAUUCACUCAAUUCUCACUUGUAUCUCAUGUUGACAUUUGGACAAGUCAAUGAAAGUGUGUCUCGCUUACAAUCUUCCGAAUAUGGAAAUGUUAAAAAAAAUUUUCAAGACGGUGUUACGGAUCUAGUGAAUUAUGUAAGAGGUAUUGAAAAGGGAAAGGAUGCCAAUCUAGUGGUGACCACUGUCAUUCAAUUGAUUGUCAUUGUUGUGUCUGUCUUGUUACUUUCUCCAUUAAUUGUCAUGAUUUUCACCUAUGCUAUCAAUACAGACUCUAAAAACACUGAAAAGUUCAGAAAAGCAAAUGAACUAAUGAUUUUGGAUACUAUUGAGAAUCCUACUACUCGAAAUCUCUUCAAACUGCAUUGUGAACAGGAGGAUAACUUGCAUAACUAUUAUAUUUUAGAAAAAAUUCAACAUUUUAAAUCACUUGCAGAAAAAUGUCUCGAAAUGGAAUCAAAGAAAAUGUCAAGUGUGUCAGCAGAACAAUUUGCCAAGUUUGAAAAUGAAAAGUUUGAGGUAGCCUUUGAGAUUUAUGCCUUACUUGAAGGCGACGAAGACACACCUGUAGCAGUUCCAGAAAACUUGAUAUCCAAUGCAAAAGAUGUGCUUGACGCAUACAACUUGAAGCAAAUCGAGUUUCUUCCUUUUCAUAUGUUUUCAAAUAUUGAGAAGGAGCUUUGUACGAUCAUGCUCGAUUGUCACCACAGGUUCAAGCACAGUCUUGUAAAUCAAAAGGAAAUGAAACUGGACAAGAUGAAAAUAUCAGAGUUACUGAAUAAAAAUCAUGCAGAUGUUUUUUAG